AUGGCUGCUAUUGACGAGGGCGCCUGCGGCUUGCUCAGCCUUCCUAAUGAGAUCUUGUUGAAUGUCCUCGGUUUGUUCAGCACCGAAAGCGUGCUGACAUUCGGUCCUGUAUGUCAUCGCUUGUACGGACUGAUCCAGCGGCUCCUCUUGCAUCGAUUGCAGGUGGCGACUGCUCUUGAUGGGCACAUGCUCUUCCUAGAAUGCGGACAUCCAUCGGCGAAGUGGACGACCUCCAAAGUAUACUGCAACUUCCUCGCCGCUCAAGGCUUACAGGAAUUGAUAUCUGACAUGCGCGAUAACGGUGUCAGAGUCGGCCACCAUGCCGUAAAAGCAGCAGAGCUAUACUGCCGCUUCAAGCCAAUGAACAAGGAGCCCGACUUCAUCAGCAUUCGACGACCUCAUCCAGCUGGCGAUGUUCCUGGAUCUAGGACAUUUGUUACACCAGAGACUGCCGCCGCAAAAGCUGCCUUGCUCUCAGAUCCCAGCGCUGCAGUAACUCGCACGAUAACCGUCGAUUCUCAUGAACUCUUUUCACAACUCUCCACCGUAGGCUAUCUAGGUAGACGGGAGCCACUUCGAGGCUUGCUUGGCUCCAUUCAAGAAGUUUGUGAUGGGACCAUUCGAGUGUGGCGCGACUGGCUGUCCAAACACUGCCAGAGCAAGCGGUGGACGGAUGGAGAGCCUAUAGUUAUCCAUCAUGAAGGAGAAAGUGCAAAAGGUAAAGCGAGGUCUGGAAGCCUCGCAGCUGGAAUGCACCCACGGGACGAUCCUAGUAUCUUAUGGGUCAACAAUACGCGAGGGGAGCAGGUCGGCUUGAAGCUGAAAGUCAAGGAGCAGAAAUGGCAGCGCGAUAAUCCGAUCUUGUUCGCAAGUGAUAUUGAAGUUCCCGUGAGCUAUCUCGUGGAGCUCGAAGAGGUUGUUGUCUCGACCACUUUCUUACUCCUCAAGAUCGAAAAGGCGAGAGCACAGAAUCUUAACCAAAGUGGGAAGGCAAUCAUCUUUGGGAACUUCAUCGACCAAGAUCGGUAG